AAUUCAAUUAUUUGUUUACAUUGCUUACUCUUUUGUAAGGAUGUAUAAAAAAUUGUGUAAAUAUUGUGUACAUAUAAAUUUUAUUGGAGUAUACGAUAAUUGGAUUUGAUUUGCUUUGGUGAAAGGAAAUUUAAAUGGAUGAUGAGUGAUUCUGAUGAUACUGAUGUUUUGCUCUUAAUUCCACCUGACCUGUUCCUUGUACCAUCAUCUUCAGAAUCUGAUGUUUGUUCUAAUCAAGUGAAAGAACGUUAUAAUAAUAAAAGAACUGGAGUGAUAUCAGAACUUGUGGAGCAUAUGCAAUCAUUAGAAAGCAGAAUUUCUGCUAUUGAAUCCAACAAUACUAGCUUAGAUGCUAUUCUUUUAAAUAAUUCAUUGGAAUCGCAAAUUCAGAGUGAUUCAGUUGGCAAAUUUAGGCAAACAUUACCUAAAACUAAAUUUUCUGUGAGUGAAAACUGUGGCUUACAAAAUACACCUGUAAAACCUAGCCGAUCCUUAUCUGUUCCAUCAACUCCUAAUAGUCACUCAUUGCCAAACUGCAUCAAUAACUCUCAUCAGAAUGACAUGAACUUGGGGAAUCGUCCUUUUGUGUCUAUAAGUACUAAUGCAACUAAUGCUAAUGAACAUGAUGAAUAUAAGCAUGACUCUUUAACAUCCCAGUCCCCUGUGGUGGUUUCCUCUACUGCUUGCAAUGUGGGUUUUCCGCAUGUUACUGUUACUUCUUCUGAAGGGAAAUUCCAUUCUUGUUCAAUUAAUUGUAGAAAUACAAAUAAUAUAUGUGUUAAGCUUCCUUCGAAACAAUUGCAUUCAAUGCCAUCAACUUUACUUAGCACAACAGAACAACUGCAAUCACAUUCUAAGACUAGCAUACCAGAAAUGGAACUCUCUGAAGUCGAUGAACUACUUCAAGAGAUGGAAGCCACUGAAUUAGAAUUAUCGAAAAGGAUAAAUAGGGCUUCUAAGCAUCAUUGUAUUAAGGAACAAAAUAGUACAUUAUCUAAUGAGAGUAAUAGCUGUCUUAAAAGCAAAGAUCAUGACACUACACAUAGACAAUCUGUUAUUCGAAAAUUGGAAUUUAAGCCAUAUGACUCAAGUGAAUCUCACGAUGUUUUAUCACUAAAAUCAAACAAAAAAUCUGAGGUUUUUGCUGAUAUAUCAUUGCCAUAUAAUGAUUCAUUUCAAAUGAAUGAGACUGAUAAAAUAAUCUCAGAAUUUAAAACAUGGGAGCAAAAUACACAAUAUCAAGUUUCAAAGACUGAAGAGAUAGAAAGUACAGAUAAAUCAGUGAAUUCGAACAAUAUUGAAUCAGUUAUUAAAACAACUGAUGUAGAGAAAGAGGAACUAAUUAAUCAACAAAUUUCAAAUGUGGACAGUGUAAAUAGUAUAAAUAAUCUGCAUAAUACUCAAGCAAAUAAUAUACAUAAGAAAUUAGAUAUUUCAUUACAUAAUGAAUUAGUGCAAUGCAAUACUGCAACAAAAAGUACUGAAUGUAAUUCAUUAUAUUUACCAGAGUCUUAUAAAAGUUUGCAACAAAAUGGAAAUGUGCUAUAUACGAACCAAGUACAUGAUGUACCAUUUGUUAAGAAUAUUGCUCAUGCUUCAACAAAUACAGAAUUUUUACCAAGGAAAUCCCAAAGGCUUCUGUCAUUAUCAGACUUUUGGGAAAGUAAUGGUAAUAAAACAGAAGGAGAGAUAUACAAAAUUAAAUUAGAAGAAGAAAAAUUCCGUCGGGAGCAUUGUGAACAUUUAAUUCAAGAACUGCAAAAGCGAUUGCUAGAACAGCAAGAGAAGGUAGCAGUAGCGCUGAGGGUAGAUAAUGAAAAGAAUGAAUUGAUAGCACAAUUUCAUAAUGCAUGGUCUAAAUUGAAACAGCAGUUACAUGUGUUAGAAAUUGAACAUAGUGCUUUACAAACAAAUCUUAAGAAUGUAACAGAGAAACAUCAAUUAGAAAUUUCCGAGUUUCAAUCACAGAUCAAACGUUGUGAAGGUGAACUAUCAAAAGCUUUAGAUCUUGCAGCUGGAUAUAAAGAAAAAAAUGACAUUGCAACGAAGGAAAAGGUGAAGUUAUUAAAAAAUCAUGCAGAUGAAUUAGAAAAUUAUAAAUCAUUUGUGCAAGAAGCAGAAAAUAGAUGUGAAAAAUUGAAAGUAGAAUAUAAUAAAUUAGUAGAGAAAAAUCAACAAUCUGAAGAAACAUUAAGAACGGUUCAACAAGAAUUACGCAAAGAACGAUUAAAAGGUGGAGAAGUUAGAAAUGAAAUGGAUGUUAUUCACAAAGCACUAGAUACUUGUGAAGCCGAAUUGAUUAUACUCAGACAAGAAAAGGAAAAUUUACAAUUGAAAUUAAAGGAAGAAAAUAAUAGAAAUUCAAUUUUAGAAGAGAAAAAUGCCUCACUGCUUUCGACUCUCGAUGAUAUCAAAAAAGCAGAAAAAUUAGCGAGAGACGAAACAAGAUAUCUUGUAGAGCAAAAAGCGAAAAUUAGAUCUGAAUUACAAGAAAUUUACCAGAAGCAAGUGGAUGAAGUAGUAAAAGUUAAAUUACAAGAAUUUCAAACUCAACUUGAUGCUGCUGAGUCAGAAUUUGUUGAAGAACUAAAAACUAGACAACAAGUUAUUGCCGAGUGCGCAGCUAGAAAAAUCAAAGACAUUAUAGAUAAGCAUAAAUUAGAAAUAAAUUUAUUAGAGGAAAAGCAUAAAGAAGAGAAAACAUUAUGUGAGCUUCAAUUAGCAGAAGCUUUGCAAAAAUCGUCCUUUUUAGAAGCACAACUUACAUCUCAACGUGCUGCUAAAUCUCAACUUGCGGAACAACUUCACUCAGUAAUGCAGAAACAAUGGCAACAAGCCUUACAAAUUAUAUCAGGUGGAAAUAUGGAAAAUUUAACACCACUACAAAAAAUUCAUGCUGAAAAAUUAUUCGAAUCGAAAGGUCCAAGAAAGUCUGAAUCAAUGCCAAAUUGUUAUACGAAGAUUUCCCAGGAAUCAGUAAAAUUAAUGUCACAUGUACCGGAUGAGAAAAAUUUUCUUGAUCAAAGAGAAUAUGCCACGACUUCAUUCGAUGAAACUCCUCUAACUAGUAAAAGAGAUUCUAAGGAUGAUCUCCGAAAAUAUGUGAAAAUGAUUGCUGAGAUGCAGCAAGCAAAGGAAGAAUUUCCAAAAAUUACAAGAAGUAUUUCAAGUCCUCCUUUAACAUGUAGGGAAGUUCCAAGGAAACAUUAUUUGAGAAAGGAACCAAAUGAAGAUAACAUUAUGUGGCAACCUAUAUCAGAAACUACUGAGAACACCAUUGAAUUUAUUCCAGUUUCACAGAAGAUAUCAACAAAAGGAGAACAACAAAAAGUUAAACCACCAUGGAAAUAAUUUAUGGUAUUUAUAAGUGGAUCAUAAGUAGAUUAUGUCUAUACAGUGUAUUUAAUUAGCUAUAUUUAAAAUAUAUACAACAAAUAUUUUUUAUUAA